AUGAUUGAUACUGGCAGUGCUUAUGCAUGUAACUAUAGUGUGAAUGAAUGCAUUGAUAGUUUGUGGCAGACGUCAAGUGUGCAGCUACCACAAGUGGGCCAUGCUGCCACAAGACAAACGUCAGCAUUUCCCCAUCAACAACAACACCAAUAUCGUGGUGGUCAUUAUACUCAUGGCCAAAAUGCAAAAACAAAACAAAACUAUCCCUCAUAUCAACAACAACAACAACAGCAUCAUCAGCUGCUGCAUCAGUAUCAUUAUCAACAUCAUGCUGUUGCUUUGGCCACUGGCAACAGCAGCAGUAGUCAGCGAGAAACAACAUCGAAAAGACCGGAUACCAUGGUAUCCAUAUCAACCAUGUAUACACAAGCUGAAGAAGAUACAACGGAAAAAUCAUCAACAUGUGGCACAAUAUUAAUAUUGCUUUCGGUGGCUUUGUGUAUACUGACACUACCUUUUAGUUUAUUUGUUUGUUUUAAAGUGGUACAGGAAUACGAAAGAGCUGUUAUAUUUAGAUUGGGUCGUUUAAUGCAAGGCGGUGCCAAGGGUCCUGGUAUUUUCUUCAUUUUGCCCUGCAUCGAUUCAUAUGCUCGUGUUGAUUUACGUACUCGAACUUAUGAUGUACCACCACAAGAGGUUUUAACUAAGGAUAGUGUCACAGUCUCAGUGGAUGCAGUGGUUUACUAUCGCGUUUCGAAUGCGACAGUUUCUAUAGCGAACGUGGAGAAUGCUCACCACUCGACACGAUUAUUGGCACAGACUACUCUACGAAACACAAUGGGAACUCGGCAUUUGCAUGAGAUACUCAGUGAACGUGUAUCUAUAUCUGGUUCAAUGCAGCUACAACUGGAUGAAGCUACCGAUGCCUGGGGUAUUAAAGUUGAACGUGUGGAAAUCAAAGAUGUACGCUUGCCCGUACAACUACAAAGAGCCAUGGCUGCAGAAGCCGAGGCAGCCAGAGAGGCCCGAGCCAAAGUUAUAGCCGCCGAGGGAGAACAAAAAGCUUCGAAGGCCUUAAGAGAAGCCUCGGAAAUUAUAGGCGAUUCACCAGCAGCUUUACAAUUAAGAUAUUUACAGACCUUAAGCGCCAUAUCAGCUGAGAAGAACUCAACGAUUGUUUUCCCCUUGCCCAUUGACUUGAUUACCUACUUUUUGAAAACAACCGAUGAGAAGACACAGAAAAAUGCUGCCAAAGCCUGUGCAGCCAUUGCCCAGUCAACGGUGGAGGCCAUUGCCCACCAACAGCAAUCAACCGCCAUGUAAAUGUAAAUUGCAACAUUUUUAUCUUUAGACAACAACAAACAAAACUUGGACAAAUAAAUACCAGAAGCUGAAUGUAACUAACAACAACAACAACAAAAACUUAUUAAAACAAAAACAAAUAGAAACGAAAAUACUUUAGAAACAACUUAAAAAGAACUUCAAAAACUCGUAACAGUAACAACAGCCAAAUGAACUUUUUAUGUGUAAAAUAAUAUUUAGAAUUGAAAUAGAAAAAAACAAAAUAAAA